AUGCCGACCGGUGAGAGCCGAUCAAAUCUCAGCAUCAACAACUGCUACUCACCAACAUCAACUGCUGAUGAAUCCGAAUUGGACGCGUUCUAUGAGGAGCUAAAGUACGUCACAUAUGAUGAAUAUAAAGAUGAUAGUUAUCCACAAUAUUGUUUGGGUAUUGCUUACGUACUACAUAAGACUGCGCUACUGCCGAUGCUCGACGCCGUGCCUGAAAUGAAAUAUUUUUGGAUAGAUGACGUCUUCGUCACCGGUUUCAUGGCACGGGCAGCUAAUGUUUCAUUUGUCGAAAUCAACCAAUUUGUAGAACGAAAACCAGCUCGCAAGGACUUUCCUGACAGGAUAUUCUAUAAUGAUAUGAUGUUCUACGGUACCACUAAAGAGAACAUCGGACGUCAACUCAUCGAUCGCACAAAGUAUGCGCUUCAGUUCAAUUGA